UUUCUGUUAUGGUAACUCCCGUAUAAGAACACGGAAGGACAACUUUCUGCUGGUGCAACGCCAAGCUGGUAUAACCAAUUUCAUAUAGGAAAUAUUUUAAGAUAAUCAGGCAUAGUGACUGACGACCGUCAGAAUUUACUCUCUGGUCCUUUUAUCAAAGUGGAGGCAAUGGCAGAUUCGAACUCACAACCUCACGAUCAUGAGUCCAAUGCUCUAACCUCUAGAUCACACGACCCGCAAUAAACAUCCUGGACACAUUUAUCGAAUGGGCCAUUUAUUUCAAUACACACUACUCCUGCAAUAUAUACUUUCAGAGUGAACAUUCAACUGUUUUAUAUAGGAAUAUAGCCAUCGACAAGGCAAGCACACUGGAUCAGCAGGCAGGCAGGCAGAAUAUGGCUGAUACAAAACCCUUCCGUGUUAUCUUGUGGUGUGUGCCUCGAUCUGCCUCAACUGUUCUCACCAAAUGCUUUAGUUUCAUCGAAAAUACCCAGAUAUGGUUUGAGCCAUAUACUAUUGCCUUCUUUCAAGACUUUCAAUAUAUACAGAGAACUGGGAGUAAUCUCCCUCGUUCUGCCGAUGACUUCGACUCUGGAGAAUUCAUGAGGCAGAAACGGUAUCACGCUCAAGGGACUUCUCUUCAACACAUAUUUGAUUUGCCAACUGUAGACGAAACUCUCAUUGUGCGUGACAGCGUGAAGAGACAACUGGACACCAUACCCGAUGAUAAAUCAGUCUUCGUCAAAGACAUGGCGUACGGUAUCACAAACUUCCUUGACCUUCUACCUUCAAAGACAUCCGGGUAUCGACACACCUUCCUCAUCCGGAAUCCGAAGAAGGUACUCCCGGCUUGGCGCCGACUCAUCAUCGCCCAGCUCACCAGCGACGAUAAAUCGACAAAUUCGGGACAAAUCUUCGACGAAACCGCGUUCGACAUGACGUCCGACGUCCCGUACAUGAUGCAAGGGUAUUCCUACAAGUGCCAGUACGAUUUAUGGAGACACAUCAAGGAAAAUUACGACCCAAAUCCCAUCGUCGUGGACGCAGACGACAUUUUAUCCGAUCCGUUAUCGUUACUAUCGAAGUUUACUGACGCAACGAAUAUGCCAUUCAGAGGCGCGAAAUCACUGAGCUGGGAUGCGAGCGCUGAUGCGAUCUCGAAGUGGAGAUGCUUUAUUCCUUUAGCAAAUGCCAGACCGGGUGAUUUUAUUUAUCGAACGCACUCAAAAGCCAUCUUUAGCUCAUGUUUUGAAAGAAGGGAAAACCAGAAGCAGUCUGAGACUUAUCUCGAAGCUUCUUCGGAUGUGAUGAAGUGUGUUGACGAGACGAUGCCAUAUUACAAGGAAAUGGCGAGAUAUAAAAUCAGUUGAUUGACUUUGUUUGAUUUUAGGGGAAUUGAAGUCAGACAGUGAAUUCUUCCCUAUACUAUAUCAAGACAUAAUUGAUAUAAUGUGGGCCAGUAUUCUGAAGUCGGAUUUAAGGUAGACCAUGGUCUAACGUUGUGCUGAAAAAUAAUGUAAAGCCUACAAUGUCAAUUAUAUCUCACUUAUUGCCGGGAUUUAUAAUAGAUUGGGCAGAUGCAAACAUGUACUGUUCGAGAUUUAUGUCACAACUGGCUAUCUACAUGUAUAAUUAAUCCACAACUAUUAUAGAUCAGACCCAACUUCAAAAUACGGGCGUACUAUAAUAUGGUAGGCCCGUGAUAUGAGAACGACCAAAGUCCAUCUCUUGGCUAAAUUGAGUUAAACAUGGGAUGGUUUUGCUUAUACACGAGCCCAAUAUGUCCCAUUUAUUUCCUGAAAUUCCACCUUUAAGUGAACAAAAUAAAUGUAAAACUGACCAAAAUCAUCACCGGAAAAAAACUAAAUCAUUUCAUUUUUCCUUGCUUUAUUCGAAAUGACCACAUUGCAUUGAGCCAUUCAAUCGGAAAUAAUAUGUUGAUCUCUAUUGGAAAUCAUGUAUGCCAUGAUAGCACACUGAAUCAUUUCAUUUCUUCGCAAAUAUUGUGGUAUGAAUACUGUAAAGAUUAACAGGAAAUUAAGCACCAUUGAAGUAUAGUAAUUUACAAGACUACACCUUAAAGUUGUGAGGUAGUCGUAGUUUAGGACGGUAAAUUGCCAAUUCGUCUACUGCCAACUCGUCCACUCACCACAUGGUCUACCUUCAUUUAGUCUAAUGCCAUUCCGUCCAUCAACAUUUCGUCUAACAACCAUUUGGUCCAAUAACCAUUUGGUCCAAUCAUCACUUCGUCUAAUCACCAUUUCGUCUAUUACCAUUUUGUCUAAUAACCAGUUGGUCUAAUUCCCAUUUUGUUUUCAUUCAUUUUGCACAAUUAACACUUACAUUAAGUCUAAUUAGACCACCAAAUGGUAUAUGGACUAAAUGGCUAUUGGACCAACUUGUUAUUACAUGGAAUGGCAUUAGACUAAAUGAAAGUAGACCAUGUGGUGAGUAAACGAACUGAUGGUAGACCAAGUGGUAGGAGAUGAGUUGGCAAUUGGACGAAUUGGCAUUAGACGAAUUGGAAAUAAACCGUUUAGAACUGGUUAAGGAACAACCUGACAUUGGAUUACGUAAUACAAUGUAUAAUUGAUGUGUAUGAUCUUAAUUCCUCCAUUCACUGAGACCUUUCAUAGUAUAGCAGGCCUAUACUAGGAACUUGUAAAGCUCAUCGAGUUGUUAAUGUAUCGUGUUGAAUAAUUAAUGUAACGUCUAUUAUUUUAUUUAUUCGUUAUGAAAAAAAAUGCAGAAAUGUAUUAAAAAGGAAGGGGCAGUGCCACUGACGCAGGGCAGGAAAAAACCGUCCCUAUGUUUUUUUUUCCAGGAAGUGAAAGAAAAUAAGAGGAUGAGUUGGAUUUUAUCCUCAUAUAAACGUUUAGCUAAGAUUUUUCCAGUGAUGACAAAGAAUUAUUAAACAGCGAGUAGCACACAACGCCAACAGAUUAUUAUUG